GCUCGGAUAAUUAUAAAAUCUAAAAAUAGACUGCGGCGUCGAAAUAAUCCAGUAUCUUGAAAAAGGCCUCAAUUCCCCAACCUCAACUUUCCAUCUGGUCCCAUAACCUGCAUUUUUAAUAAAUAAAUAACCAUACAAAUGCCUACCGAAGACGAAGUAUUAAAAAUUCGCUCUAAAUUGGAGAAAAUGAUAUCGUCCAAAACAACCGAACAAUCAUCAGCAGUUGACUUGUUGAAGAAACUUCAAGACUUGCCUAUGAAUUUGGAUGUUCUUCAGAAAACAAGGAUUGGAAUAACUGUGAACAAUUUCCGAAGAGCUUGUAAAACUGAAGAGGUCAUUUCAUUGUCCAAAAAUCUCAUCAAGAUAUGGAAGAAACUUUUACCAGCAGACUCCUCUUCGAAACCUGACAAGAAAGAGAAGGCCUCGAGCAAGAAUGGAGAUAGCACCGAUGGAAAGGAAGACUCUGAAAAGACUGAUGACAGCUCAGGACGCCGACUGUCUACAUUAGCAUCCGAUACCAACGAUCCUGUCAGAUUGAAAUGCAGGGAAUUGCUAAGUUCCGCUUUAAAAACUGAUGGGAGCAAACCAGGUCAUCUUGAUCCAGAUGAGUUAGCCGCAGCCAUCGAAGACAAUAUAUUUCAAGAGUUUAAAAACACGGAGAUUAAGUAUAAAAACCGUGUGCGUAGUAGGCUGGCCAACUUGAAAGACGUGAAGAACCCCGACCUUAGAGCCAACGUACUGUGUGGUCUCAUACCUGCGGACAGAAUAUCAAAGAUGACAGCUGAGGAGAUGGCCAGUUCUGAAAUGAAGAACUUGCGAGCCAAAUACACUAAAGAGGCGAUUGAUGAUCAUCAGAUGGCGAAAACUGGGGGCACUACAACAGAUCUGUUCAAAUGUGGCAAAUGUGGGAAGAGUAACUGUACUUACAACCAGUUGCAGACUCGAAGUUCUGAUGAACCUAUGACCACAUUUGUCUUCUGUAAUGAGUGUGGUAACAGAUGGAAGGAGAAAUAAGAGUUUUAAGCAAUUUUGGCUCCUAGAUGCAUGUUCUGUUUUGCUGAGUUCUGUGACAUGAGUUUGAUCAUUUGCUGGAUUGGGAAACUCCAUAAAUAGGAUGUUGGCACACAAAACCCCAUAAAAUAUGAGUCUGGAACCGGGAAAACAGGGCUUAAUGCAUGUGAAUAAAGUGUCUCCCAGAUUGACUGUGCAAUAUUAACAAUCUAAACAGGAAUGAUACUUUCUGAUUUAAAGGAAGGCUCUCCAAACAAAAAUUUAGUUUAGGCAGCCUCUGAUGAGCCUGUGUGGACUGUACAGGCUUAUCUGGUAGGACACUUAAUGUACAUGCAUUAAGCCCUUAUUUGCCAAAUCAAGGCUCAUAUAUAAGACAUCUGCAAGCUGCACUCCAUUCUUGGUUGAAUGUUUCAAUUGCUUGGUAAUAAUUUUACUGUGUAAAGUUGUUCAGACAUAAACAUUGUAAAACUGACAGUGAAACGCUUUGAUGGCGACCUUUGAUGAUACAAUUUACAAAAAAUGUUGUCUGUUUUAGUCAGCAUGCAUACAUUUAAGAGACUUGGUCAUUGAUUGUCAAAUGAAAUUUUUACUUAUUUUACUCCUUAAUUGAAAUAUACAUAGGGGUGAAACAACACUUAUGACGUAGACUUAUAUUGAAAAUACAAUUUCUUUUUUAUUGUUAGAAAUUGAUAAAAUUACGUUUUCAAACACGAAACAAUUGAAUAAAGUGUAUCUGUUGUGUUUGAUAUAUUUUGAGAAAAUACAUGGAUUGCCUAUAUCAAGUACAUAAUGUCUAACAAUUUUGUAUUCAAAGAUCAGUGGUUCGAGCCCAGGUGGGGUUAAAAAUAAUCUUACAAUCUGUUCGUGUUAUAUACUGUAGCUAUUUAGUUCAAAUGUUGUCAUGUAUCAAUUUUAAGCAUGUAAUAAUGAACUUUAAAAAUUGAAGAAAUCUGCAAAGUCCUUUUAAAAGUUGUAACUUUUCUUCAAGAAAAGAGAUUUACCAUAUGCAUGUAUAUACACUGACCAUUUAUAUUGCAUUUGUUUUUUUCAUCUCAUCAUUUCCUUAAUACUGUUCUAUAUUUGUUUGCAUGCUUAUUUUUGUCAUUCAAAUUCUGGGGAAUAUAUAAACUUUUGUAUUUUUAAGUACAAGUAUCUAUUCCGAAUGAAUUUCAUUGUCAAAAUAUGUUGGAUUUUUCAUUGCAUUCAACUUGCAAGAAAUAAAAAAACAUUGAUUUGUAUCUAACUUAAUUAUCAUGCUUAUCACUAUCAAUGUUUUUAUUUCAAACCAUCUAGAGAUUCUGUUAAUGCAACAAACCAGUUAUGAGUUUUAAAUACUGAUUGUUAAAGUUCUUUUUAGAGGUAUUACGGUGGGUUUACCCACCUUUGAAAGCGUAUACCUGUUAAAUAGCUUCAAUACUCCUCAUUUGUAAUAUAAUUUUUUGAAUUCAGAUUCUAUGCUAUUGUACAUCGUAUAUGACUAUUUUCACUCCAUAUCAUGAGCAUAUAACAUGUUGCUUGCAUAUUCUAGAAUAGUUAAAGCUAACUGAUGAAUAAAGGCAAAAAUUUCAGUGCUUAAAGACAUUUAUUAAAUACUUGAAUACUUGAUCAGAAACGUACCAUCUAAACUGUCUGCACACUUUUUCAUUUGUCAAGUUAAGCUUACUUCUUAAGAAUGUAUUGAAUUUACGUCGGAAUAACGCGGAUUUACAUUUCAUUUUAGUUUUGUUUUACAUUUGUAUAUACGUCUUUCCUUUCGAUGGACGCUGUGUAAUGUAUUGUACGAAUGAAUAAAAUAAUAGAAAAAAAAUCAA